CACAGGCUGAUUUCUCCCCCCCCUUCCACCUCCCCCUCUUCCUCUUAUUUCUCACCGCAUCUCCCCCACCACCUGCCACAGCAGCGACGCAGCGAUGGAGAACCUCCGCGAAUGAUUACGAGCUUCACGCAAGACUUCAGUCGCGAGAGCGAGAAGAGAGAGAUCCACGCGGAGGAGCAGGCGGGGAGGUAAAGACGGGGAGACACGGCGAGAGUCCUGCGGAGAACACAAACAUAUGGUUCGUCUGAAGAGCGGCUUUUUCUUUCGGAGGACCGCCGAAAACCACAGCGGAAACUUAUCCAAACCAUUAUUCAACCGAGCAGCUGAAGAGGCUCGUUAGUCCCGUCGCGCGGAGACGCUUCUUUGCGUUAUUGUGCCCGCGUGCUCUCACCUGUGCGUGACUGCGGCUCGUUCACCUCUGUCUCUUAUUACUUCGGACCGGGUGGAUUGCGGUUGUUGCGCCUUCCCGCACGCGCACGCGCACCGUUCAUCACAAGACGACGAGAGCUUCCUGCAAAGGAGGACAUUUAAUUAAGACGCAUUACACCUCACAGAAGAGCAGCAAAAGAGUGACUGGCUUCAUUCACCUUGUGUCCUAAAGGGCCCAACGGGAGGCUCCCAGAAACCCCUCUCUUUUACCCCCCUCCCAUCACUCCCCUACCCCCCCACCAACCCUCUCCUCUGUAACGAGCCAUGUCUGGACGGACUGUGACCAUCCCGGACGACCGGGCGUUCGCCAGCUUCAAGGCGGAGGGUCUGUGCGAGGAAGGCUGGAGCAUGAACCACAACAAGGGGGGCAUCACGGUGUGGACUCAGGCUCUGGAGGAGGGGAAGUCCAUCCACAAAAUCAAGUGUCGUAUGGUGUGCAAGGACGUGUCAGCGGAGACCAUGUAUGACGUUCUCCACGACAUCGAGUACAGAAGGAAAUGGGACACGAACGUCAUUGAGACCUUCGAUAUCGGGAAGCUCACAGUCAAUGCGGACGUUGGUUACUACUCAUGGAAGUGUCCGAGUCCUCUUCGGAACCGCGACGUCAUCACGCUUCGCUCCUGGCUGCCGAUGGGGAGAGAUUACAUCAUCAUGAACUACUCUGUCAAACACGACAAAUACCCUCCUAAAAAGGACAUGGUGCGAGCUGUGUCCAUUCAGACCGGCUACCUGAUCCAGGGCCAGGGACCGACCAACAACUGCACCCUCACUUACAUGGCCCAAGUCGAUCCACGAGGUUCGUUACCCAAGUGGGUUGUCAACAAGUCUUCCCACUUCUUUGCUCCCCACGCUAUGAAAAAGAUCAACAAAGCCUGUUUGAAGUAUUCCGACUGGAAGCAGAGACACAACCCUGGCUUCAAGCCCUGGCUCUACCCCGAACAGACUACAUUACCCAGCAUCCCGCUCUCUGAGCUGAGCAUCCAGCAUGCCGAGAGCCUGGAGAAUAUUGAUGAAAGCUCCCUGGCUGAGACCCAGGAGAGAGAAGACAGCGACUAACGCAUACUCACUCACACACGCACACGGCCAUGUCUUCAUACACACACACACACAAACAGUAAUGCAGGGUUACAAGCAUGCCUGGUACACAUCAACAAUUACACUUAUAUAUAUGUGAUUCUACAUACAAGUAUGUGUGUAUGCACAUGAUGUUGCAUAUGCAGGCAUACUCACAGGCACAUGUACAUAAGCUCAUGCAGACCAACUUCAUGUCAUAAUUCUAUACAUAAUGUAUGACCUCAUACAUGCCACAUAGAUGCACUCACAGAAACACACCCACAGAACAGACACCAAAAACGACAUAGCUUUACAGGUGGGUAAACUCGUAUUCCUGGUAAUCAGAAAGGUGCUCUCAUUCAAAAUAUGAAGAGUUGAUUUCAGAUUUAUACUUUAUCUGCAAGUUAUGUAUACGAUCUUAUCUAGUAUGAAAACAACUCUGUGUAUCCCCCUUAACGGUUGUGCGUAUAGCAAGUACACAGAAAGACACAUCAUUCAUUUAGACUCAGUGGACUCAGACAUGUAUACAACACCCUUAAUGAUGUUCUGACCAAGUGGUCUCUGUGUCACUCAUGGGUCUCCAUGACAUUUUGUAAGCACAUAAUACAUAUGCAGGUGUGCAGAAGGCAGCUGGAACCACUAACCUGCAACCCUUUCACACACAUACACCCAUACAGAUGUUCCACACGUACCGUCAGCUACUUUAUUUGAGAGAUGUUUGAAUGUAUGUAGAGUUUAAAAAAUUAAAAACGUAUUCCUACAAAGGUUUUCAAAUUUC